GUUUCAAUGUUCAAAACGUAUGGCAACGAACGAACAGGAUGGCCUUGCAUCUCAUGUUAGUCUGCAAGCUCCUGCGUUAAGGGCAACAGGCUAACGAUGGCGCUUAAAAGGAUUGCUAAAGACCAAGGCGAACUACUAAGUCACCCGCUCGAGAAUCUGUGGGCGUGUCCGAACGAGGACAAAGACGACCCUUACAUUUGGCAGGUGACGAUGCUGGGCCCGCCGGAAACGCCUUAUGAAGAAGGGGUUUUCUCCCUCGAUAUGUAUUUUAGUGAAGAUUAUCCCUGGAUGAAACCAAAGGUGCUGUUCAGAACGGCAGUUUAUCACCCUAACGUAAAUAGCAGGGGUGAAGUGUGUCUUGACCUUUUGACGAAUAACUGGAGGCCUGAUUUUACGAUUUCUUCUGUGCUCCUAGGCCUUUACUCCCUAAUGGCGGACCCGAGCCCUGAGGAUUUCUUGAACCUGGAAAUCGCAAAUGAGUUUAGAGACGAUAGAGAGAAAUUUAACGAAACAGCCAGAGAUUGGACGAAAAAAUGGGCAGUUUAACACUUUUUUUAUUCGAAAAACCAAUAAAAUAUAUUACUAACGUUAAUUCAGAAAUGAUUUUGCGUUCGCUAUGUAGGAAAGCCAUUUUUUCUGUUUUAGGUGUAUACAAUUAUUAUUUAUGCAUUUUAUAUUUUUACUGUAUAGGUAGCCAAUUCUUCCUCUCUUUUGGAACUAUAGAAUAUAGUGUGGUCUGAUAUUCUUAAUAAAUAUGUUGCGUCUUCAA